AUGUGAUGUACACACCAUGAGGGAAGGCUGUUUCUAAACCAACAUAAUCACAGUGACGACUUAAUUCACAAGAGAGGCAGAGAGGCUACAUGUGAUUUCAACAGGAGAAGAAACAUGGAGACACGGCUGCUUGCAUAUUGCUGGAUCGUGAUCAUUGCAACAUUCAUAGCAGGAUCUGAAUCUUGUGUGGACACAUUGGGGGAUCAGUGCAAGAAAUUGGAUUGUUCACAACCAGGAAUAGAUGUCAGCUGUGCGAAGACGUGUGCCACUUGCCGAGAAGAAGAAUCUUGUGUGGACACGUUGGGGGAUCACUGCAAGACAGUGGAUUGUUCACAACCAGGAAUUGAUGUCGUCUGUGCGAAGACGUGUGCCACUUGCCGAGAAGAAGAAUCUUGUGUGGACACAUUUGGGGAUCAGUGCAAGAAAUUGGAUUGUUCACAACCAGGAAUUGAUGUCGUCUGUGAGAAGACGUGUGCCACUUGCAGAGAAGAAGGUUGUGCAAACGGUUACUACAGCACAGCUGAGAGAAUCUGUGAAUCCUGUGCCAAACCGCCGGUAUCACAUCGUACUGACUCAUACAACAGUUCCUGUGUGCAAGAGUGUCCCGAUGGCAAGUGGGGACUUGACUGUAAUACGAACUGCGGCAUUGGGUGUAAGUCUACUUGUCGCAGGUGGACUGGUCUAUGCCAUGGUGGAUGUAAACGCUGCUACUGGGGUCCUAAAUGUAAUCAUAUACAUGACGGGUGUAUUUGUAACCAAACCGCCGGGGAAUGUAUGUGUAAAGAAGGACAUUAUGGAGAAACGUGUGACACAAAGUGCUCACCUAAAUGUGAAGGUGGUGUAUGCGAUACCACGGGUACGUGUUCGAGGGGAUGCAAGGAAGGUUGGUCUGGCAAGAUGUGCGAUCACUCCUGUAUAAACUGUUUACUGAGCAAGUGCAUGGCUAAUGGAACCUGUACAGAAGGUUGCAAGGCUGGUUUCUAUGGUAACUUGUGUCAGGUCGCAUGUAACAAACAAUGUCACAAUAGUACAUGUAGAUGGAACACAGGCGAGUGUGACGAGGGAUGUACUGGUGGGUGGUAUGGUGGCAGAUGUGACAUCAGAUGUCCCGGAAACUGUGCUUCAGAAUUGUGUGACAGAACUAAUGGUGCAUGUUCACACUGUCAGAAUAGUUCCAUGGGUUCUAACUGUACCACACCAUGUCCACGUAAUUGUGAUUCGAAGACAUGCGAACAAAAUGAUGGUAGAUGUGUCAAGUGUACAGUUGGCUACAGCGGAUCUAACUGUGACACACCAUGUCCACACCAUUGUGCCACAGAUGCCUGUGAACAACAUGGAGCUAACUGUACAGGAUGCAAACCUGGCUAUAAAGGUCCACACUGCGACACCCGGUGUCCAGAUAAAUGUUCGAGUUGUCACCAAUCUGAAAAUACAUGUAUCUCAUGCAAUGCUAACUGGUACGGGGGAACAUGUGGCAAAUCUUGCAACACAUGUCUGAAUGGUACAUGCAACAUAACUGAUGGAGCCUGCCUAUAUGGAUGUAAACCGGGUAGCUAUGGACACCGCUGUAAUCGAACCUGUAAUGAAAACUGCUUAAAGACAGAAUGUUUCCGUGACUCGGGAAACUGUACACACGGAUGUAAGGACGGCUGGUGGGGGCCUCAGUGUAACAGCAGAUGUCCGUCACACUGUGCCAGGUGUGAUAGAGUUGAUGCUGCAUGUCUGGAAUGUGAGGAGAACUACUAUGGAGAGAACUGUAGCAGCAGGUGUUCCCCCAGGUGCGGCAGCUGUGACGGAACAGGACACUGUCUUACCUGUGCUGAAGGCUGGGAGGGAGACAACUGUCAUGCGUCGAAGAGUCUGCAGCCAUCAACACUAAUAUGGACCUCUGUAGUUGCAAUUCUGCUGCUUAUCAUUGUGGCCAUGACCAUUAAGAUCGUUUCUAAAAGGAGAAAAGCGGUGUACCUCUCCCCCCGUUUUGAGGACAAUGUUUACUCAUCAGUUGAUGACGUGUCACUGUAUGAGUUGGCUGAACCACGAGACAGUACUGGAUCUCAGUAUGCAACAAUUCCAGAUGCUGCAGUAUCGUUGGAAGACAGAGGCUACGAGCAGCUGAGACAGGCUUCCCCUUGCACGGGUUACACGUCUCUGUACACCGACCUAGUCACAGUGACGACUAAACUCACAAGAGAGGGAGGGGAUACACGUGAUCUCGGACGGAGAGGGAGCAUGGAGACACGGCUGUUUGCAUAUUGCUGGAUCGUGAUCAUUGCAACAUUCAGAGCAGGAUCUGGUACGUCUGCAUUUAAUCAAUCUUGUGUGGACACAUUGGGGGAUCACUGCAAGACAGUGGAUUGUUCACAACCAGGAAUUACAGUCAGCUGUGCGAAGACGUGUGCCAUUUGCCGAGAAAAAGGUUGUGCGAAAGGUUACUACAACACAGCUGAGAGAAACUGUGAAUCCUGUGCCAAUCCGCCGGCAUCACAUCAUACUGACUCAUACAACAGUUCCUGUCUGGAAGAGUGUCCCGAUGGCAAGUGGGGACUUGACUGUAAUAUAAACUGCGGCAUUGGGUGUACGUCUACUUGUCGCAGGUGGACUGGUACAUGCCAUGGUGGAUGUAAACGCUGCUACUUCGGUGCUAACUGUAAUCAAACAUAUGAAAGGUGUAUCUGUGACCAAACCGGCGGGGGAUGUAUGUGUAAAGAAGGACAUUAUGGAGAAACGUGUGUCUCAAAGUGCUCACCUAAUUGUGAAGGUGGUGUAUGCGAUACCAAAGGUACGUGUUCGAGGGGAUGCAAAAAAGGUUGGUCUGGCAAGAUGUGUGAUAAGUCCUGUACAAACUGUUUACUGAGCAAGUGCAUGGCUAAUGGAACCUGUACACAGACUUGCAAGGCUGGUUUCUAUGGUAACUUGUGUCAGGUCGCAUGUAACAAACAAUGUCACAAUAUCACAUGUAGAGGGAACACAGGCGAGUGUGACGAGGGAUGUACUGCUGGGUGGUAUGGUGGCCGAUGUGACAUCAGAUGUCCAGGAAACUGUGCUUCAGAAUUGUGUGACAGAACUGAUGGUACGUGUGUCAAGUGUAAAGUUGGCUACAGCGGAUCUCACUGUGACACACCUUGUCCAGGCAAUUGUGCUACGAAGACAUGCAAACAAAAGGAUGGUACGUGUGCCAAGUGUACAGUUGGCUACAGAGGAUCUCACUGUGACACACCUUGUCCAGACCAUUGUGUCACCGAUGCCUGUGAACAACAUGGAGCUUCCUGUACAGGAUGCAAACCUGGCUAUAAAGGUCCACACUGCGACACCCGGUGUCCAGAUAAAUGUUCGAGUUGUCACCAAUCUGAAAAUACAUGUAUCUCAUGCAAUGCUAACUGGUACGGGGGAACAUGUGGCAAAUCUUGCAACACAUGUCUGAAUGGUACGUGCAACAUAAAUGAUGGAGCCUGCCUAUAUGGAUGUAAACCUGGUAGCUAUGGACACCGCUGUAAUCGAACCUGUAAUGCAAACUGCUUAAGGAGAGAAUGUUUCCGUGACUCGGGAAACUGUACACAUGGAUGUAAGGACAGCUGGUGGGGGCCUCAGUGUAACAGCAGAUGUCCGUCACACUGUGCCAGGUGUGACAGAGUUGAUGCUGCAUGUCUGGAAUGUGAGGAGAACUACUAUGGAGAGAACUGUAGCAGCAGGUGUUCCCCCAGGUGCGGCAGCUGUGACGGAACAGGACAUUGUCUUACCUGUGCUGAAGGCUUGGAGGGACACGACUGUCAGGGAUCAACUCGGAUGCAGAUGCUCUGGAUUGUCAUUCCUUGUCUUCUGAUUGCGAUUCUUUUCGUUUUGGCCUUCUUUGUUUUGAGACGAAGUAAUAUGAAAGUCCAGGGCAAAAUCAGAAGUCGAUGUUUCGCAUAUUCUUCAAAACAAUCAACCGUUUUAGCUAUAGACAAUCCAACGUUUGAAACCACUCCUAAGGGAUGCCAAACGCCUGUUGAUGCGGUCGCACCUGAGAUACAACCCCUGAUGAGCGGCGGGAGAGAGCACAGUGCCGCCUCUACUGAAAUCAGAAUGAACGAGAGACAGAGGACAAGGUCUUCCCUCUCACACUCUCUAACAUCCAGUUAUACCUUAAAAUCUGAUGUUUCGCGGCCUCGAACAAAUUGUACAUCCGGUCUUGUUCCGACUCCACACCGCCCAGCCGACACGUCGUAUCCGGAAUGUGUGUGGUCAACGGAAGUCCCAGUUCAACACCUCAACUCCUACGUUGCAAAGAUGAAAAUCGAUGAAGGUUUAACUAAACAGUUUUUUGAUCUUCCGUAUGGUAAACUUGGUUCUUGUGACGAAGCUGAAAUGCCAGGAAAUGCUUUCAAGAAUAGAUACCGAAACAUAUUACCAUACGAUCACUGUCGAGUCAAACUGGGGCCUGUCCACAACAUUCCUGGUUCCGACUACAUCAACGCUAACUAUAUACACGGAUACGGCCGCCCGAGAGCAUUCGUUGCUACACAAGGUCCAUACGGUGAUGUCGUAUGGGAUUUCUGGAGAAUGAUAUGGGAAACAGAAACGAGUAAAAUAGUCAUGUUGACAAACUUUGUUGAAAACAGAAAGGCUAAGUGUGAGAAGUACUGGCCCGACUUCGGCCACCCAGGUUCCAACUACGACGAUGUCCAUGUUCAGUGUGUGGCCGAGGAGGAGAUGAUGGACUACACAGUCAGGACGUUCUCAAUACACAGGGAUGAAGAACCGACUAGAACGCUGAAGCACUACCACUUCACUGCAUGGCCUGACAAAGGAGUACCAGAGGAUGUCGGGAUGCUGGUGGAGUUCCACAGACUGGUCAAGAACGCACCUUCAAGAAGUAAAGGCCCAGUAGUUGUCCACUGCAGCGCUGGGAUAGGACGGACUGGGACGUGGAUCGCUCUGGACUAUUUGAUUGGACAAGCCAAGGCGGAAGGUGUGGUAGAUGUCUAUGAGUGCAUUGUCAGGCUCCGACACCAGCGUAUGGAUUUGAUACAGACUGAGGCGCAGUACAUAUUUCUACACGAUGUCCUUGUAGAGGUUCUCCUAUCAUGUGAUAAGAAGAAGCCGAUGUGUAAGGGUAAAGACAAGGUUAGCGAUGACUACGCAGUCGUGCAGAAACGGAAACGGAAUCCAAUUUUGGAACAAGAAAACGACAAGUAUAGGCAUCGCAUUCAGUUACCUUUGCCAGAGAUCCCCUCCCUCGCUGUCGACAGCUUUCAAGAUCAACCACGGGACAGGCGCAGCUGACGACCGCGUGAUGAGGGCUGUUGAGGUUCCUGAAUACGGAUAUUAUGUCUCAAAGUUGUUGUCAACAGUAAAAUGUAAUCAUACUUACCCAUGUGCAUUGUCCGGAGGUGUUAAUAUCAUGUGUACAUUACAUUCAUUAACUGUGUAAAUAGAGGUUCACCGCAUACAAAUUACUUCUACAUAGUGAGUGAGUGAGUAAGUAGGGUUUUAGUCAAUAUUACAGCAAUAUCCACGCCGUGGACACGUUGGCUUCACACAUUGGAAUCGAACCCAAGUCUUAGGCGUGACGAGUAAACGCUGUGGGGUGUGAUUGGAGGGGGUUCGAAUCAGCGAACUUCUGCUCCCCCGGCAGACGCCCUAUCCACUACACCAAGGAGGCGGUUUCGUAUUUCGGAAUAGGGUAAUGAUUGAUUAAACCUCGAUAUUGAUGAAUUGUAAAGACGUGGGGUGUAUCAAUUAAAGUCAACAGUUACACUGAUCAGUAGAGAUAAUGUUUCAUCGAUUGUACCCGACCUAUGAAGCGCCUAUGGUUUCUAUGGCUGUAUCUAUCAACAAUGACGUUUCUACUGACCCGUUAACGUUUACCCGAACUACAGGAAUGUGCGUGGAGCGCUACACUGGAAAUAUUUCCUUGUUAGGCGACAGUGAAACAGAAAGUCAACAAACCCGUGUGUCGCGGUAACUGGGCCGUGUCAGUGUGACCUUGUUACAGCGUUAUGUAUACUCCAGACUGGGUAGUUAGGGUGCACCGGUAAAUAACAGCUGAUCAUCUGUGUGGACGCGAGUCAACAGUUCACACGUAUUCAUUGUUUUCAUAUGACAUACAUACGGUAUUAGAAGAGCAUAUGCAUAUACAAUAUGAAAGUAUAACAUUCAAAGGACAUGCAGUGUAGCAACAUAGUUCAUACAAUAUGUUAUUUAACUUUUUGCAUAACAACUUGGCAUCAUUUUUUUAACAGUCCUAUUUUUGUAGUGGUAUAGACAGACAAACUUCAGAUUGUUGGGAUAUUUACGAUAAUAUAAUGGGAUACAAGUAUGUCUCUGUUCUUAAAACAACGGGCAGAUUAAUACUAUUAGAUAAUGAAAUUCAUCCCCCAUGUCACUCGUAUCACAUAGUGGACGUAGUCUAUUUGUUAUUCGUACUUUGUUCCAUCUGCCUUUUUCAAUGAAGUCAAUUAUUUGAAGUUCGAAAAAGACAUAUUGGUGUUCUAUAUACAUUAUCCAAAAUUUUAAUAUAGGGUUCAAAAUAUUUUAAGAUUUAAAUAACUUAUAUGUGGUACAUUUGAAGUAUUUUCUAUUUCGUUUCUCAAUUAUACUUGUAGAUAUUGAUCAUGUAAUCUUGUAGAAAUAACAUUAUUUGGCGAGAAGGUAGUAAGACCAUUUGGGGAUUGCCAUGUGUCACUGACACCCAAAUCAUUCAGAUUAUGCUUCACAAAGUUAAUCCAUUAAUGUGUAUAGUGUUCAGAUUCAUAAUCUGAUAAUAACAUGUUAUAUACAAUAUAAGAAAACGUAUUAGAUGACAUCGUUUUUUACUAAAUAGUAUGAUCUACCACCCACGCCUUUGUGAUACGAUGCCAUGCUCUAAACCCAGUCACUGUGCCUGACCACCUGAUCCAUUUGUUCUCAUACAUGUAGGUUGCUGGGUAUCGAUUCUAACCCUGUAUCUUCACCGGUUGUAUAUAUUUGUUGGUGAUUUACAAGCAAUUUAAAUAAUUAACUUAUUUUAUCAUCAUAUGUGUUUAAAUUGUAAAUAUAUGUAAACGCAUGCCAGAUUCAUGUAUUUUGUAUAUUAUGUAAUUUUUGAUAUUAUAUAAUUUUUAUAUUUGAAACUUUUCAUAUUAUGUACCUUUGGAUAUUAUGAAACUUUUGAUAUUAUGCGAUAUUCUUGUGUGUAAAUAGUAGUCCCAUACAUUCUGUUUAAUCACUCCUUCUCUGUUAAAGCUAAGUAAUCUUGACAGCUUUCAUAGAAUAUCUAUUACAGUAAAAAGCCUUCAAAUGUAAAUCAUAAAGUCAUGUAUCUGAACAUAAAAAAUAAACAGUCCAUUAAACAAACAUGUUAAAAGCAGAUUGAAACCCGUUAAUGCAAAUGAUCCGGAUAAUUAAAUUUCGGUUUAACCAAUCAUGAUUGAAAUCAAUGUCCCUUUAUCAUGCAUUGUGUUCCCAAUAACAUCGUCUGGAAGAAAGGGUUUCCGGACCAUCGAGGUUUCACUGUAUUAAGACUUUUUAACCUGUAACAUAUUUCUAAAAUUACAAUCAUGUACAUUGAAUAAAGAUACCAGAAUGUUGUCGAAA